CGUGACCAUGUGCAGCCAGCCCCCUCCCUGCGUGUUUCCUACGAGCAUCUCUCCCGUGGACACGCUGUCCCCCGACCUCCAGCUCCAUUCACCACCGCAGAGAGUACGGCAGCAGAAGGAGGUGUGGUCUGUCUCUCACUGCUGGUCCUGCUCACCCCGUGGAGUGGUACGUGCGCGCCGUGCAGAGCCAGAGCCACAUCCGCCUGUCUCCGUCCGUCUCUCCCGUCUCCCGCCGCUCUUUCUCGGCUAAAUAACGCGCGACGUGAAAGCCUUUAUCGGAUCUCCCCCGGCUGCUCGAACGUCACCAUUCCCGAUCACCUUUCCUCCUCUUCAGUUCCGUCCGUUUAGCGGUUGGAGUCAACGGAUCGCGUCUUUCUCGUGCCCCGUCCAGACCCCGCUCUCUUCGGCUGCGUGAGAUGAAGUUCCCCCCCGCCGCCGCUCGGCUUUAGGGAAGGCAGCACAUUUUUUUUUUUUUUUUUUUUACAGUGUCCUUUUUCACUGGGAUCGCACUGUCACCACAGCAGCUGCUCUCUGGAGAAGCAAGAGUUAAGACACGUCAAAACACAACAUCAGAAGUGGAGCAGAGGUUGUUGAUUAUCCAUGAGCUCCGACUUUCCGCACUACAGUUUCAGAAUGCCAAAUAUAGGGUUCCAGAACCUUCCUCUUAAUAUCUACAUCGUGGUGUUUGGGACGGCCAUCUUUGUGUUCAUCCUCAGCCUCCUCUUCUGCUGCUACUUAAUCAGACUACGGCACCAGGCACACAAAGAACUUUAUGCCUACAAACAAGUCAUCCAAAAGGAAAAGGUCAAAGAGUUAAAUUUACAUGAGAUCUGUGCUGUGUGCCUGGAGGAGUUCAAACAGAAGGAUGAGCUGGGGAUUUGUCCGUGCAAACACGCUUUUCAUCGAAAGUGCCUCAUCAAGUGGCUGGAGGUGAGGAAGGUGUGCCCGCUGUGCAACAUGCCGGUGCUGCAGCUGGCGCAGCAGGCGGGCACCACGGAGCCCACACAACAGCCCCUGCCUGGCAUCGAGAACCUGGUGUAGCCACGCGCGGUGCCCCUACACAUCACCACAGUCACAACUACACUGGUCUGACUGAGUGAGAGCCAUGACUGAAGAUUCACAGUGCUCGUCCCAUCACAGUGCUUUAGUUCAUAAAGGAUUUCCAACACCAUCCCUGAAGAGUCCUCAUUAAGUUUUUAUUUUUGUUUUUUAUUCCUUUUUUUUACAUGGACGAUGAAGAGGAGUUGUUCAAAAGAAGUCUUCAUUUUUGGCCAAUGUGGUCAAUAGUGUUUCACAACCAAAGCACUUUUCUGGGGACACCAGCUAAAGACCAGGAGGAAAGAACACAAAAGCCAAGAACUAUGACACAUUUUAAUUAGCACUUUAAGCGAAGUCGAACCUUAAAAUUGCUUGUGAAAGUAGUAACCAAGGUAUGUUUUUAUUUCCUUUUAUAGUACAGAACCACAUUGGUUAAACUAUUACUUUCGAGAAAAUGUCAAAGGGACAGAAAAGUUCAGUUCUUUGUGAGUGGCACAAAGCUGAGAAAAUGUGAUAAGAUUGAAUGUGAGACAGCGCAGGCUUUCAACACUAUACUCUUUUAAAGGUUACACAUCUUGUUCCUUUACAUUGUGGUAUCUAAAAUGUGACUGUUGUUUUUCAUCUGUGUUUUAGAUCACACGCUGAACAAAAUCAUUUUUAGUGAGACAGUCUGCCCUCGGGAGUGCUGUGUAGUGCAAAAAGAAUGUCAUUAAAGGCAAUGUAGAGGAGUAAUAAGAAGUACAAUAUUGAUACUUUGCAGAUCGCGCUGGGGGUGUUCUACAUGGAUGUCUAUUGAGGAAUGUUACUAUGGUGACGCGAUGCACACAUUAGCAAAUGCUGUCAAAAAAGAUGGUCUGAAAAAUCAAGAAAAGACACAAAAAAUUGAUUUAAAAGUACAUUUUCAGGAGUGUGCGAUCAAUACGAGCGUUCAUGUUCCUGUUGAGGUGUUUGAUUUUCAACAAAAAAGUGAGAGUGAGAGAAAAACUAAUGCUUGUGACUGGCAGGUUUUAUGUUUGAGAAACUAGUUUAACAGCAAAUAUCUGCUCACCUGUUGUAUUUCCAGCUAAGUCAGCUCUCUCUGGUCAGAUUGUCUUAAAACAAAGCUCCGACUAUUUUGAGUAACAAAGCAUCAGACAGAGCAGUGCCUACAGUUAGCAUCACACCCUCAGGAAAUGUUGAUGACAUCGGUUGCAAAUUAUCAAUAGGAUGAUUAUUGCGGGAGGUAUCAAAUCCCAGUUUUGAAGUUUAUUUGCCUUAUGUUUUAUCUACACAUUGAUUUACAAAGCAGCCACCCCCCAGUUUGAGGAACCAGGUCUGUGCCAUAGACUGUGUAAAGAAGUGGACUAAGAGAGUGUGACGUUACCCAAAACAUUCAGCUCCAGUCAAAUGAAGCUCAUCGAUGCUGAAAGUUAUAGGAGAGAUUUGAAGCCAGUUCCAUAUUAGAAACUGGAAUUGAUUUACAGACAAAACUGCAAAAUAAAACAGCAAGAUCAUGUAGAGCGAGUUAAUACGAACAUUUUAAGACUAAAAUGAGGAGCCUGACAGCAGCAGUUACACAGAGAGCGGCGACGCUUUUUCAAUAUAAAGUCUAUUCAAGGCUCUGUUCACUCUUAAGUCACAAACCAGGAAGACAUUUGGAAACAUGCGAUGGCAACUUCCGGUGUAGUUACUGACACUGGGGUCACCUACCGACUAAAAAAACCCAAUGAAGUAAAGCAUCAACAGUAAAAUAAAGACUGCAUACAUAUGUGCAGUUUGGAAUCGUCUUCAUCUCUUCUAAUCUCAUGUACCCAGUGCGCUCGGAGUUGUGUGUCAGUGGGGAAAUUAUGAAAACUGAGUAAUGGUUGUAAUUGUUGAUUAGCCAAACAUAACGUAACGCUACAAUGACAUUUAGAUGAAGAAAACUGGGCCAUUUGAUUUUGUCAGACUUACUACCGCAAACAGAGCCCGCCAGAAGUUGUCAUCGCAUAUUUCCAAACGUCUUCCUGGUUUGUGACGUUAGCGUAACUAGAGCCUAUUGAAACCAGAGUCGAUGGAGCCGGAAGCGCCCCCACACUCACUCAGCUAUGUCCAGUUAUAUACACAGUCUAUGGUCUGUACCCAAAGUGUUUAAAUCCAUACAUGAAAAUAUAUCUACAACUAAAUCUGACCAGAAUGAAGUCUAUCAGUUGCACUUUUUUGUUAUCUGCUUGUAUUUAUUUUGUAUUUAUUUUGAAAUUUGUGGUACAUGCCUCCACCACACACCUACACCAGAAUUACUGCCUUUGCAUAUCACUGCACUGGUCAGCAUAUUUAUAUAUUUGGCCACAUAAGAAACCAGACCCUGCCCCGUCCAGUUUACUAGUGCCAGAGGUCAGCAGGUUGAUAAAGGCCUUUUGGUUUGCACUGUUGUGGUGCUGUCUCUUCGGUGCAUACGACUCUCUGCUACUGACUCCUGUCUUCUUUACUGCAGGUUUGACAAGGUAAAAGUUUCAUGGGUGAUAGAAGCCGAAAUACAAAGUGAUCUGAUGAUAAUAAAGGCACAGUCUCCAAUCAGAUUUUUAGAAACUUCUCAAAAGUGAAAAAAUGUGGUAAAAGCAAAGUAUGUAAAGUCAUUUUUUCUGAAUUACAAUAGGCCUGUCACGAGAAUACCUUUUGAAGAUGCAUUGCUGAAGAAAAUAUCAAUGAUAAACGAUAAAAUUGAAACAAAUUUAUCUAUAAAAAAAUAACAAAAAGAACCCCACAGAGAAGAAGUACAAUGAAAAAGUAACUCAAUAAAUACUGACCCUCAAAAAUUAUUGUUUCAUCUGUCAUGUACUGAACGUAUCACGUAUAUCAGGGGUGUCAAACUCAAAUUCACAGAGGGUCAAAAUUUAAAACUGGGACUUAUUCGUGGCCCAAACUAAAUAUUUAUUGAAAAAUUUCAACAACAUCUGCAUGUUUUCUCUUCUUUCGAGAUAUGUAACGUUAACCUUUUUUAAAAUGCUUCUUAAAAUAAAUGUUUAAUAAUAGUUUUGGUUAAACAUUGAAUCCAGAACAAGCAUAAUAUAAAAUAAUAACACAAUUUUUAAUAAAUAAUGUCUAUAUAGCCUAUCUGUUUUAGCCUAUUAUUAUAUUGUGGGCCAAAUUUGGUCCCUGAGUCUGACAUGUCUGAUGUAUAUGAAUGAUAACGUGAUACAGUAAUUAUCGUGACAGGCCUAAAUUAUAACCAAACAAUGUAUUUGAAAUUUGAGUUCACCACAAGACCCUAAAAAAUAUUAACCCUUAAUACAGUAUGUAAUAUAUCUUCAAAUAUGUGUGCCUUUUAGCUAUUACAUGGUCAGAGAUGGGGUUGUGCUUUAUCAGUUACACGUCUUUGUUUUGAAUCGUAGUAAUUAGGACAAUGUAAAAGCCCGUUUGAACAUAUCUCGUAUUGAAUAUUCCUUAAUCGCCACUUGCGUGCAGUCCAUUUUGAGCUACAACUUGAAGAAAUCGUUGCUAUUUUCACUUCAGAGAUACUUAGAGCCUUAUCUGAACUAACAGUACAGAGUUAUGAUGACCUCUAUCACCAUAUUCACAUAAAGAUACAAGAGAAAUUGAUAUCAUUCACUUUCAAGGCUUCCAUGUAAGUAGGAACAAAAUGCGACAGAUAAUGGGCCUUUGUCAUGUACUCCCAGUAAUCUGAUUUUAUUUCUGUCACUGAAAUUGUUCUGUUUUGGCUCCUAUUUGUUUCUGAACAGUGUGUUAUAACAUGUAAUUUAAAGGUAUAUGCUAAGAAAAAAACUACCACUUUUAUCGCCACUGAGCGAUGUAAAGUAGACAGCUGCAUCAGUCGUAGUGUCUAAGGUGCACACAAAAGCCUAAGUAACACUUGGCCUGUCACAAUAAGAAAUUUUGAAGUGUUUAACUAAUUUAUCCCACUGACUAGAGAUCAACUGAGAUGCAUUUUUUCGUGGUUGAUACUUGGACCAUGAAAAAUGCAGAUAUUGAGCUGAUAAUGUAGAGCCGAUUUAGGUAUUUUUUUUAAAUUCUCAAAUUAAAAUAUAGUACAAACUAAAGACCGCCACACACUAAAGGAGAAUUUGCGUGAUUUUGGCUGCGAUUUCAGGGAGUUCAGAGAGGCAUGACCCGACUUUGUGUCUUCGUGUGCGAUUUUGAAGCCGCUGUGGUCUUCAUGUGAUGUGUCAGUGUGACUCUGAGCUGCUCUGUCAUAUCGUAACCACCAAACAUCAGCAGCGCAACAGCAACAGAGAGUAAAAACAGAGCAUCAGGGGCAGAGGAGUGACAAAACACAGAGGCGAAAGAUACAAACUCAGGAAAUAGCAAGUUGUAAAUUUAAACUGUAGCAUCUCUUCCAUAUUCUCCUUAGAAUUCGCCCAGCGCAAAUAAUGACACCCAGUCCACAAAACGGGGCUAUUAAUCGAGUUUGAAGCAGUUUUUUAAAAGUAAAAAGGUGAGAGUAGUUCCUCAUGUUUGUCAGUUUACAUCCACACAGUGCACGGAUCGAGGUGAAACUGCAGAUUAGUGAUAGUGACUCUACUUCCUGUGUACUUUAUCUCCAAUCUUUUAUGCUUUAAAAUUCAUGUAUCUGAAGUAUUGCACUGCAUUUCACAAAUAAUAACAACACAGGUUUGACUUUUAUCUAAACUAGGAGUGCAGUGCUGUGAUCUUUAGAACACUUAAGAAUAUGAAAGCGAGACAUUUUACUGUAGACAGGAAACAGCUGAUGCAAUCAUGCUCACAACUUUAUAUCCUGUGGUCUGCGGACAUAUCCCACUGUAGUCCUUGCGAUCAGAGAUUUUAAGUUUCACAAGAUUCUCCUCGUGUCUGUGGUGUGUGCACUUUUUGUCGCACGUUUAAAAAUCGUUUAAGACCGAAAAAUCCUGUUGUGUGUGGUGGCCUUAAUCCUCAACUUUCUUUUACUGCAAACUGUGUAGAGCAGUACCCUCUUUGGACUAAAGUGUUCAAAUAAAGCUUUAUGAUAUGUUCCUAACGCAUAUUUAGCCGGCUGGUUUGCUCAAAUUAAAUAUUGGCCUCUGAUGGAGAUUUAAGGCCAAAAGUGCAAAUGUCGGCUCAAUAUAUCAGCCUAUCUUUAUCACUGACACAUAAACCACAAAAACAAUGAACUUUAGUACACUUAAGUAAAUGUUUGCAUCUGUAAUUAGUCAUAGACGUUAUUCAUUCAACCCUCCACAGCUCAAAUCUGACCAUAUAGCCAGAAGAAAAAGUACAAACAAUAAAUAUUGAGUCCCAAAAUAUAGUGUUCCACCUUUCAUACACUGAAGUCGAUAUUGUAAUUAUCGUGACAGGCCUAGGUAACUCUUUUGCAUUGUUAAGUGUCUGAUCAUGAACGGUGCAUCUCUCCCUGUUCUGUUUCUUCCUCUGUGUUUUCCGUCCAGCACCUUGUUAAAAGUGCCAAUCUAAAAACUAUAAACAAGUGUUAGGAAUCAAUGAAUCAAUGCUCCUGCCAUUUCGGAAACAUCCUGGUAUCACAGUUGACGCAUCUGCCAGAUACAGAGGCAAAUAACGCAGAAGAAUGAGAGCGAGGCAUUCAUGACUCGUAAUGUCCCCACUUACUGAUAAAUGCCGAUUGACGUCAGCACCGCUCCUGAGUUAACUCCUUUAUAAAUAGACCAGACACGUCCAGAGAAAAAGCAACCGUCAAAUCCACAUCAAACAUUGAGUCAGAGCUGUUACAAUAGCAUCACUCUGAGUCUCACUGCCCCUAUCUUCCUUUUCUCUGUCUGUACUGAUAUUUAUUCCUGUGUAUUCCUGUAACAUCUCUCUCUUAAUCUCCUCUGUACCAAGACCUCAUUUGUUAACACUGAUUCUGUUUGUGAGCUUUCACAGACAUUGUUUAUAAAACUAAGAAUUCUGCAGCAGAAUAUUUUUGGAAAUUUCUGUACAGUAUUUGUAAGCUCUAUUUUUGUAUAUUGGAAUUUUGGAGAAAAUAAUAUUCAUUAUUUUUUUCUUUUUUGUUUUGCUAAUUUCAUGUCUAUUCAUUUUGAGAAAAUGUUGCAUGUGACUGACUUGAACUGUAAAUAAAGUUUCCACGAUUUGGAAAAGAACAAAGUA